AUGUUGGCAUUCAAGUUUAAGAAGCAACUAGACAAGAUUCUACAGGAAGUGCCGGACCAACCAGAUUGUAAUGGAAAUGUUGCCCGGCGGGCCGCUCCAAGCAACAGCCUUCUAGAUCAAGUUAUCGCAAGACAAGCUUGGCCCCAGGGCGGCUUAGGGAGUAGAACUCCCCGAGACUUCAGGUACAUAACAGGUAUCAACCUGGCGUGUCGGGUCGGAGGGUCACCCCGGCGUGGCGUCGGAGGGGUCACCCCAGCGUGGCGUCGGAGGGUCAGCCUGGCGUGGCGUCGGAGGGUCACCCCAGCGUGGCGUCGGAGGGUCACCCCAGCGUGGCGUCGGAGGGUCACCCCAGCGUGGCGUCGGAGGGGUCACCCCAGCGUGGCGUCGGAGGGUCACCCCAGCGUGGCGUCGGAGGGUCAGCCUGGCGUGGCGUCGGAGGGUCACCCCAGCGUGGCGUCGGAGGGUCAUCCCGGCGUGGCGUCGGAUGGUCACCCCGGCGUGGCGUCGGAGGGUCACCCCCAGCGUGGCGUCGGAGGGUCACCCCCGGCGUGGCGUCGGAGGGGUCAUCGGAGGGUGACCCUGGAGUGGCCCGGUGACGCCGUCCAUGUGAAUGGCAAACAAAGAAAGUGUAUCUCUUGUAACGGAGUGAAUCGGGGAGGAAGUACCCAAAAAACUGGGGUGAGGCGGACGAUGCCCAGCGGCCCUUGCCCGCCCGCUCCUACGCCCGCCGCCACCGCUGCUCCUGCCGCCGCCACCGCUGCUCCUGCCGCCGGCACCGCUGUUCCUGCCGCCGCCACCGCUGCUCCUGCCGCCGCCACCGCUGUUCCUGCCGCCGCCACCGCUGCUCCUGCCGCCGCCACCGCUAGACCGGGCCGCGAAACGGCCGCCCGAAACCCACCUCAUAAAAGACUCGAGGGUUAA